CAUGAACUUCUCCAAUGUGAGUCCUUCCCACAGGCUGCAGUUCUUCCAGGGGUUGAUAAGCUGAUCCGUCAUUUACACAAACACAACAUACCCAUAGCUGUUGCCACCAGCUCAGCUGAAGUGACAUUUCAGAUGAAAACAGCCAGACACAAAGACUUCUUUGGUCUUUUUCAUCAUAUUGUGUUGGGAGAUGACCCCGAGGUGAAGCAUGGCAAGCCACAGCCUGAUGCAUUUCUAGUUUGUGCAAAGAGAUUUCACCCUCCUGCACCUCCAGAGAAGUGUCUCGUGUUUGAAGAUUCACCACUUGGAGUCAAAGGAGCAUUGGCAGCCGGGAAGCAAGUGGUUAUGAUUCCAGAUGAAAAAUUAAAUCCAGAUCUUAAAAAGGAGGCAACACUACUGCUGAACUCCAUGGAGGAUUUCAAACCAGAACUGUUUGGUUUACCAGCAUAUGAUUAA